AUUUAUCUAUUUCUCAGGAAUUCCCAUUGGAUGAUACAGAUUUUCCAUCUCUUCAUUUGAAGGAAAAUUCCUUGUCGCCUCGAAAGUGGCUAUCCAUACGUGAAAUUUCGGAUAUGCUGCCUCGAGUUUUGGCCUUCACCCUGGUUCGCCGAUCUGCAGGUCAAGAUGCUGCCUCCGUGUGUAGAACGUUCGCUAAUUCUUCCUUCGGGGUGAGGAAGUCUUCCGUGGGUGCCGCGUUUUCACAAACUGAUGUUCGUGAGCCCAAAACCGCGCCCAUGACCGAUAGGCAGGAUUCUGUGUUCGAGUCGUUCGCCAAGAUGAAGUGUGACGAUGGUGUUCAUGAAAAAAUCCUGUUGGAUGCCCAGUUUGCCGCUUUAUGUGAUGCAAUUGACAAGAAUUGCCAUAAGGCAUCGCCGGCUGUUCUGCACAAAUGUAUCGCAAAUUCCAUUGCAUUGGGCCUACCGGCGGAUACGAGAGUCGUUGCUUGUCUUGAGAACGAAUUGCUUUGGAAUCUCCGGAAAUGCAAAUUUCGUUUCCUCGUCCAGAUUGCGCCAUUUUAUGCGGAACUUCAAAGAAGCGACAUGGAGCGGAGGCUGUAUUCAGAAUUAAAAACAUCUAUACAACGGCGAUGGGUCGAGAUUGAUAGCUUGAAGGAUGCGUGGAAGCUAUUUGCGUGUGAGAAUUUUGGUGAGGAAUUCUUGGCCCGCCUGGAAGAUCGGUGCAUUGAGCUCUCGGCAACAGCUGCGCCCCAGGAUUUGCAGAAAACGUUAUGCACUUUAGCUGUAACGAAGCGCCGUCCCGGUCCUUUGCUACGAGCCUUAGCAUACCACCUUGCCCGUCAAGAAAUGACGUUGACUCCACGUCAGCUAGCGGAUCUUCUGUCCGCUUUGUAUACCUUAAGCUUUCCUGAUCACCCGCUCAUCGAUAGGAUCUCCGCCGAAUUGAAGUUGAAGCUUCCGGACACCGGCAGCCUUCCUGUCGUUCGCAGUGUUCUUGUGUCUGUUGGCUUGUUGCGUUGGAGGAAUACUGGAUUGAUCGAUUCUCUGUGUGAGCUAUUAGCAGCGAGCAAGGAGCAGUUGAAGCCAUCGGAUCGAGUUUCUGCGUUGCAUACGUUGGCGGUUAUUAAUUACCUACCGCAAGGUGUUGAGGACUUCUUAUUGACAGAUAUUCUGGAGAAGGAGUCAUUAGAUGCCUUACCUGUUGCGAGUGCCGUCACAUCUGUAUGGGCUGCUGUGCUCUUGCAAAAGGCAACGAGUGAUUCUGUUCGAAAUUUACUCAAAAGAAUUUCGACGGACAUNACAGAUAUUCUGGAGAAGGAGUCAUUAGAUGCCUUACCUGUUGCGAGUGCCGUCACAUCUGUAUGGGCUGCUGUGCUCUUGCAAAAGGCAACGAGUGAUUCUGUUCGAAAUUUACUCAAAAGAAUUUCGACGGACAUCACCUCCGUUGAUCCUUCGAAAAUGUCAAGCAUUUUACAGUUCGCCAAACUUGGAAAAAUACCUGUUCCUGACAAGAUUUCUGCGUUUGUCGAGAAGCACGCUAGUCAACGCCGUGCCUCGAGUUCCAAGGAGUCCUUCUGUUCGUCUAUUGUGCAAGCUUUGACACAUUUGGUUCCCAAACCGAAGUAUUUGAAGGAACCUUCGAAACUAGCUUGCGGAACGCAACUGGAUGCCGAAUUUCUAGUGAACGAAGAGUUCGAACCAGUACCUUUGGAAAGUAAGAGUGAAUCAGCAGCGAAAUCGCGGAGAGUCGCUGUCUGUUGUUGGAGCUAUCCGGAUUAUUGCCAGGGCUCUGAUGAACUCACUGGUUAUGCCAGCUUUGUGAAACGUUGUUGCGUGCAAAGCGGGUGUUUGGUGCUGGAAGUUACUCAUAAAGAAUUCAACGCGACGGAUAAGCUCGUGACGAAAGCUGAUGCUUUGUUCGGCACGAGAGCGAGAAGGGCUUUCGGAGAGGCCACUUUACCCAUGAUUGCAGUUGUUGGAAUCGCCAUGUUUGUGGCAGUUUCGCUCAUCCGGGGACAAGCUGAACGAUUACUUUCUUCAUUGAAGACGAUUAAUUACAAUGCAGACGUCACAUUGAGAAGGCCGUGGUUGGAAGCUUGCAGAUCUCAGCUGGACCUGGUGAAGCAGUUCACACCACCAAAGACUUAUUGUGAUCCGGAAACAAGUCUGAUCUUUCUCAAGACACACAGAACUGGAAGCUCUACGAUACAAAACACCAUCUUGCGGUUUGGAGACCGGAACAACUUAACCUUCGCUUUCCCACCUCGGGGAAAUUAUUUUUGGUUUGCUGCCGACAUUCCCAAGGAAAUGUACCCUGUUCCGGGGCACAGGUUCCACUUGUUCUGUUUCCACACUGUUAUGGACAAGUCAGAUAUCAAGAAGAUGAUGAGCCCGAGAGCCAAGUGGGUGACUGUCAUGAGGGAUCCUGAGCAUGUCUUUGAGUCCAUGUUCAGGUAUUUUGGGAUGAGUGGACCGCGUUACUUCAACCAAUCCUGGGAGCAACUCUUGGACAACCCUCCACCACCUGAAGGGCGCUUCAAAAUGCUUCUCUAUGGCACGAAUCAAAUCAGCCUAGACCUGGGAAUGAGUGUGCAUCAUUUCCACAUCCCAAACAGAGUGAAAGCAUAUCUCCAGUUCCUUGAAGAAACAUUUUCCUUGGUGAUGAUCGCUGAGCAAAUGGACGAGUCGUUGGUGUUGUUGCGACACCACUUGUGCUGGGACAUCACAGAUGUCGCCUCAUUCCACUUCAACGCGCGGUUCAACAAAGCGCAAAGCGCGGAUCCUUUGGACUCGCUCACAGAGAAGCAACGUCGCAAUUUGAAGAUAAUCACUUCGGCAGACAGAGUCUUGUAUGACAAGUUUAAAUCGUUGUUUGAAGCUCGGAAAGUUGCUUUCGGGGCGGAAAGAAUGAAUGUUGAGACUGAAGCGUUACGUUGCGUGAGAGAGGAGCUGAAGAAAGCGUGUGGCGUGAAAACGCUGAAAGCCAAUUUCAUUCAGCCUUCGGGGAUGUUCCAACCCUACGGACCUGCCAUGGGGUUCAUACCGGAUCCGGAUCCGAAUUUCAAGGGGUACGAGGAGUUUGAUUGGAUUUGCAAUGCCAUGUCGUACACAGAAGAACGAUACAUUGACGUACUGCGGGAGAAGCAGAAAUCUCAUGGCGGCGCCCGUCUAAAUCCUGUUGGGUCACCGAAAAUUGGAAUAGCGCCCUGUAUUGUAUUCCCUUUCCUGAAUGGAGGAGGAGCUCCGUACGGGAUUGACGUCAUAAGGCCGUUCGUUUAUCCGACGUUGUGUGUGCCCCUCUACGUCAGGGACCCCGCUGCCGCAGCUUUCGGGGGUAGGGAGUAUUUGAAGUUUCGCGGGCGCUUCUCAUGGCAGCUGCCUGCUAUGGAUGACGGAGGCAGUCGUCCACCUGGCUGUGGUAGCGGAGGAGGGAUCAACAAGCUUCCUAUUCGUGUUGGAUUCUAUGAAAUUGAACAAACCAUUGGCAAAGGGAAUUUUGCUGUUGUCAAAUUGGCCCGGCACCGCAUUACGAAGACGCAGGUUGCCGUGAAAAUUAUUGACAAGUCGCAAUUGGAUAGCAGCAAUUUGGAGAAAAUAUACAGAGAAGUAACGAUUAUGAAGCAAUUGAAUCACCCGCACAUAGUGAAGCUGUAUCAAGUUAUGGAGACAAAGAAUAUGUUGUAUCUUGUCACGGAGUACGCCAGCGAAGGAGAAAUGUUUGAUUAUAUUGCAAAGAAUGGCCGAUUGGCAGAACCUACUGCAAGACGUAAAUAUUGGCAAAUAGUAUCUGCGGUGGAGUACUGUCACAAAAAGAAAAUCGUUCACCGAGAUCUCAAGGCCGAGAAUCUGCUGUUGGAUCAAGCAAAAAAUAUAAAAAUUGCUGAUUUUGGAUUCAGCAACUAUUAUGAUCCUGACGGUGGGCAUUUAUCGACGUGGUGUGGAAGUCCUCCGUAUGCCGCUCCGGAAGUUUUCGAAGGAAAACAAUACGUUGGUCCUGAAAUCGAUGUUUGGAGCUUAGGUGUAGUGCUUUAUGUCCUCGUCUGUGGAGCGUUACCAUUCGAUGGAUCAAGUCUGCAUUGUCUGCGUGACAGAGUAUUAUCCGGAAGAUUUUGGGUUCCGUACUUCAUGUCAACUGAGUGUGAAAAUUUAGUAAGAAAAAUGCUUGUUGUCGAACCUACGAAACGCUAUUCUCUGGACGAAGUGAAGAAGCAUCCUUGGAUGAACAUGGGCGAUCCGCCGAAACUUCUUCCACCACGACCAGAUAUUCAGAUGGAUCUCAAUAAUCAAAUAGUGCGCUUAAUGCAAAGUCUGGGUAUCGACCAAGUGAAGACACGCGAGUCGGUACAGAAAAGGAAUUUCGAUCACCACUCCGCGAUAUACAUGCUUUUGGUGGACAAAUUGCAUCAGCAUCACAGCACCGGUGUAUCAGCGGUUUCAUCAGAAGCCUCUGGCCAAAGACGUCCAAGUUGUGUGGCUGACAAUGCGAUUAUGCGACGUAUCGUCGAUCCUUCUUCCUUACUUCCUUCAACUGGUCGCCGGGAACUUGUCCGAAUGGAGACCUCACCAGACUCGCAUCUCUCCACCGUUCCGUCGAAUGCAUUAUACUCUGAACCUUCAGCCCCGUUCGGACUAAAUGUCGUUCACGAAGACCAAGUGGCAGACACGAGUCCCUACAAAGGAUUGUCCAUUGAUGAAGGCGUCGAGUGCGAAGCUGAUGUGUCGGUGUCAAGCUCGAGCUUGAGUCUGUGUGAUUCAGUACACGUUCGUGGGCGUAUUUUGCAUCAAAUGUCUCACCAGUACAGCAGAGACUCUGGUGUUUCUGGUCCGUACAUGUCGGACGCGUCUCCUCGUGGCAGCAUGGUUAGCUCCAUGUUUGAAAGCUUCGACUCGCAGCAUACUGACGGGGGACAAGCAUCGUGUGUGGGUGAUAUGAAUUCGGAGACAGAGUGGGGAGUGGGUCAGGCAGGUCAGCCUGAGAGUAUCGGCAGGAUGGUUGCAGUGUUGGACAGUGGAGAUGGACAGGCGACAGGCGAAUUAUGGGAAUCGAGGGACGAGUUUGUGGGUGGCUUAGUGGACCUGUGCGAAGGUCAAGAUUUGUUUGAAGGAUCCGUCACGCAGAGGCUGAAUGAACCCGGAAAAUGUGAAACGCUGAUAACCGAAUCUUCACUGACCAAAAGCAGCGAUGCGUAUCGGGGAUUCAUGAGAUCCGAAGAACAGGCGAGCCAUGAUCAGAUGGUGAAUACAGGAAAAUCUCUGUGGUCGUCGUCAGCAGCGAGGCGUUUCUACGCUGGUCAUCUCCAGCCAAAGUUGCAUCCAUCUUCUUCAGCAGAGCAUUUGAGUUUGAUGAAGCACUCGAUCGCUCGGCAGGCAAAUUUUGGUCAUUACGGUGGCGAUCAGUCACGAUUUUUGGCAUUCCAGAACAGCUUUCCGCAGCAAUCGUCGAAGCAACUCGGUGGACUCGCCGUGUUCCAGCCGAUUGCUGAGGACCACGUCAUGUCCCCGGGCAGUCCUGGUACCCUGACCCAUUCCCUGUCCUUGGGUGCUCCUGAUCAAGCAACUUACCAGCCGAGUCAGUGGGACGACCAGAUGAUGGCUGAGCAGAUGGAAGGCGCCGCGGCUCCGGCAAAUUGGCAACAGUUGUCUUCUGCCAUGGCUGCGUGUCAACUAUCAAAUUACAGUUCGGCGGGCGAUGUCAUGAAUUUUGGCGGAAUUCAGCGAGCGUCGACGACCAUGUCGACUGCGGACGCCAGUUCGGAAAUUCCGCUGCAGUGCCCGAAAAUGCCACCCAAGAAAUCUGGCGAAAAAGUUGGGGCCAAGGGCAAGGACGCCAGUGCAUCAGGCGAUUCAAAAGGAAAAGAAAAGAAAGGGGGAACUGCUGUCAAAGUACGAGAUAUUGUGAAUUAUGUGAUUGAUUCGAGACGCGUUAUCGAAGGAAAUAUGUUUGGUCGAUUCCGCCUGCUUUUUGGGCGGAAUGCUCCAGCACCACCACUUAUGCUCGGUGGUGUCACGAUCUUUGGGAGAGAAUUCUUCGUAUCAAAUGACACUCCACGCAUGUCGGAAACUAGGAAAAGAAUUUUGGAGAGGAUCGAGGAUCCGAAUGAAACCGGAUUGGACCGUCUCCAAGUGAUGUACAGCUUUGAUGAAUACGGAAAUCUGAGUCCGGAACUGGGCCUCGUGAAAUCCGGAUUUCUUCUUGGUUUGCUCGGCGGAGGAAUCGUCGGGGCCACGGUCCAUGCUAAAGAAGCUCUGCACACAUUCAUACGACAAAAUACUGAGCGGCAGUUCAUGAACCACCUGGAAGCCAAGCGAGCCCUUCAAGAUAAAAUUUACCUGGCCAUGAUGAAGGCAAGUGGUGGGGCGAAAUGGGGCACCAAACUCGGACUAUGGACCAGUAGUUUUCUUCUUGUUGGUAUGACGAUAGCCGUGUACCGGAACAAGUCGGGUUUCUUUGAGUACAUCGUCGGGGGUGCAAUUGUAGGAACGUUGUUCAAGUUCUCACUUGGCCCCAAGGGGAUGUUGGCGGGUGCUUUUGGAGGCGCGGUCGGUGGAGUGGUAGCUGGCGCCAUGAACAGUCUGAUUGGUGUGGUUGCUGGAUCUUCAAUAUCGGAGCGUCGAUAUUGGAUGUACAAAUUGAGAGAAAAAUCCAACGAAACCCAAGACUACCUUGUGACUGUGAGUCGGCAGGUGAACGACGUUCUCAACCCGGAUUACGUCGUCCACGAAUGUCGCAUUCUUUCUGAAGAAGAAGAACGGAGAAAAGCUGCGAUUGAAGAAGCUCGUAAGCAAGUUGCUGCUGACGUAGCUCAAGUUGGAAAAAUCGGUAGCAACAGUGAAACACCACCACCACCACCACCUGGAUCUAAACCAUCAGCUGUGGCUAGUGAAGCGAAAUCAUGAAAUUAGUUCAUGGGAUUCUUUAUGAGAGGUAUUGCCUCAUUGUAUCGCGUCAUUGAAUAUAACGGAUGUUAGCCAAA